UUCUUCCUUCAGGGAAUGGCUGAUCGCAUCAUUGGAAUGAGAAGUGCUUUUGGAGAGAACCUUGAAAAGUUAGGUUCGCCUCUUCCGUGGGAGCACAUAACCAAGAAAAUUGGCAUGUUUUGCGAUAGUGGGAUGACCCCUGAACAAGUUGAUCGCUUGACAAAGGAAUUUCACAUUUACAUGACUCGUAAUGGCCGUAUUAGUAUGGCUGGAGUCACUACGGGCAACAUUGGUUACGUGGCAAAUGCGAUUCACGAGGUCACAAAAUUGGCUUAGCGAG